AUUGUUUCCAACUUUCCAGCUUCAUUGCUGGGCGCUUCCAGAGCGGAGAAUCAACGGUAUCGUAUUAACGCCUCGCCAACAUGCCUCCCAGACGAGCAUGUGACAUAUGUUACAAGAGAAAGAUCCAGUGCUCUAUCCCCGAUCCAGAUGCACCCUGCAACUGGUGCAGUCACCAUAAUCUGACUUGCAAAUUUACAAGGGCAAAGCAAAGAAACACAAAGAACAGAGCCAGAUUGAGUGACAUAAAAGAGUUGUUCAAUCGCAUUGAGCAGCUUGAGGGUGCUCUAGCUCAGAGUACGGCCAAUAAGCAGACGCCUCGUGAAGUGUCAUCCAGUCCCGCAGAGAUAACAACUCCAGCUACCGCACAAGAUGAAUCUCUUCAAUACGUGACUCCAUCCAGUCUUGGCGGGCAGUCCUGUGUUCCCGAAUCUACGCAGUCCCCCUUGGUUUCACCACAGCCAAACACGCAGCUCCCCAAUUUCUCAUUUGGGCAAAUUCGCUUCUCCGGGCGCCAUUUAGGACAGAACUGGUACUACAAGGGAACGCCUUUGCUUUCCGAGGCGGGCCAGAACUGGAUAUCAUCCCGAACUGGCCAAGAUGUUAAUCUAGGCAAGUUCCAUCUGUUUGGCAGUCAGGAAGGUCUGUUUGCUUCGACAUUCUCAGCUUUUCAAUUGCAUAUCUCUUCUCAAGAAUUAUGGGAGCUACCUGAUAAGAGUGUGACUCAAAAGAUUCUCAGUGGUUUCUUCAGUUCGCCUUCUCGGCUGGCUUUCCCGAUACUGGACAAAAUACUGUUUGAAGAUACCUUGGAAACAGCAUAUGAACCAUUCAAUGGAAUGCCCUCCUCGCCCGCACAUGUGUCGGCCAUAGCUUGUGUUAACGCCGCUCUCUCCAUUAUGUGUCAGCUAAAACGGUCCAGGGAGGUCUCUUCUUCUAUCAAGAGCGAUGCUUGUGCUACCAAGGCGCAAUGCAUGCUAGGACAUAUCACUGGGGAUGCAACCUUGGUAAACCUCCAGACAGUGCUCAUGUUGCAAAUGCAUCAGACACAUACAGGCCAAUGGAAAAAUGCCACCUUUAUGCACUCAAUUGCCUGCCGCAUGGUUUGCGGGCUUGGCGGACACAUAUAUCAGCCUUUGCCCUGUACAGAACGACAGAGCAGCCACAUCCGAAUGCUUUUCUGGUUGUGCUACGGGUUGGACAAGGAUAUCUCUCUCCGUUCCGGGCAACCUCCCCUUCUCACGGAGGAUUAUUGUGAUCUAACCCCGCCCGAAGAUUAUUUGAGUUGUUACUCUUGCUCGCCCGGGCCGGAUGAUGGAGUCUCAAGGACUAGUGGCGAUACCGAUGGGAUCUUCACCUCUCAUUUCCCUGGAGACCCUGGCCUAAGCUAUCUUAAAGAGAAAACUUGCCGUCUUCUCUAUUCACCUCAGGCAUUUAGGAUGACCGACAGCCAACUACUCCUCCAUAUUCGCCAGCUAGAUGACGAGCUUGAGAGCUGGCGAAUCUCCAUCCCCCCUGAAUUCCGCCCCAAACUUUCCAUUCCUCCAAAUCGCCCUCUGCUUCCAGCUGGGAUGAAGGCCCCGCAAAUCAUUCGAUAUAUCAACCUGCAACUAGAUUAUCACUACCUUACGACGGCAAUUCAUACGACGGUUAGGAGGUGCGGCGCCGGUAGCCCUGAGGCCGAUGAUUUGCCCGAGGAUCUCCAUAUCGUUGCUCAUUCAAGCACCGACCUUACCUUAGAAGCGAGCCGCUCAACUCUCCUAUUUUUGAAGGCCCCCAUAUCGACGUUGGCGGAAGAAGCAUUUUGGCACAUCGUCUUCUAUUCUACCGUGGCUGCCAUGUCUCUGUUCACAAACAUCCUACUGCACCCCCUCGAUACCCGAGUACAACUAGAUAUUGAACUUUUAGUAUCGGCCGUCGGCAUAAUCCGCAGUAUGCCAUUGGGUACACUAACACACGACGAGGUUGACCAUGUACAACAAACAAAUGACUUUAUAAUAGAGCUAGUACGGCUUGGGAGUUGCGCUAUCUCGAAGGCAAAGAGAGAAGAAAGAUACGAACUGGGUUAGGUGGGAGCGUAUUGCCGACAAUAGUCAUUCCGUACAAAUCGGUAUGAUAGAGAGCUGGAGUGAAACGUGCAAGCGGCGUGCAAUUGAAAUCACAAAUUAAAACUACCGAAUGCUCACGGCGAGGUCCGAGAAUUGUGACAUUGCUGGAGCUUCGUACAGCGGUGCAUCGCUCAACCUCAAAUUCAGAUUCGGGCAAGUACAAGUAAGUAUCGCCCCGUCCACGACCGGUAAACACGCUUCAACUCCGAUCAUUCUUCCCUGAUCUGGCGAUUGCUUGACUUCUGUGGAAUUAGCCUGGGGACAUGCUCUGCACAGGCCACGGAGUACGGAGCUUUGAUGCCUCCGUCAAUAUCGGAACUGCGAGGCGCUGAGUGACGGCAUUCCCUGAGAUCAGCUCACAAAAGCUGUUGGCUACUUAUGCUUGUAUAUAAAAG